AUCUGUUUUCUGUCAUCAGUAUUGGUCCAGGGCAUUUAAUCUCCAUUCAGCUGCCUUUCCAUGAUGUUUUCAUUGCAUUUCAUUUACCUCCUUGUUAUGCUUUCUUUGCUCUGUUUCUGCCCAUUUCUCUUAAUUGCUCAUCUUUAAAAGGGGGUGGGGUGGGGGAAGGCGGUGUAUCUCCGCACGAUGAGGCCCGGCUUUGUUCCCAUUUUCUUGGCUGCCACCAAAACCCCUUGGACCUUUCUCUUUGUCUCCUCGGGGCACAUUCCCAGUAGGAGCCUCGCCGGGCCAGCGGUUCCGAAGAGUCUAAUCGCGUUUCCACAUUAGACAAAACCCACAACGGCCCCUGAACAGCCCGUUUCAUCUUUUAUCCCCUUUGCUGAAGGGGGAGCUGAAGCCUCUGCACAUCUGUCUGCCCGCCGGGUCCCCUCCUGCGCCCACCUGUCUAGCGGACAACGGCCCUGCCUUUUAGGCAUCUGGGCCCCUUUCCCGGGUACCUCCAGGGUCGGAUUCUACAAGACGUGGGCUUCAGAGAAGACCAAGAGGUUGUAUCCUGAGUCUCUAAAUACGACAUAAAGUGAACGAACGUGUACAGAGCAACCUCUUUAAGGGCAGGAUCCCUUGGACUGAGAUCUGCAAGGAGAGCCUAGUACACUGCCCAGCAGUAUAGUAACUGAUCAAGAAAUAGAUCUGAAAAUGAUUGACUUAGAGACAACAAGGUGCUAAGGAGUCGAUUCCACUACCUGAAGACGUCCCCUCUUACCUGGUUUUUCAAACCUUGAGUACUUUUUCUGAUUAAUCCUCACAAAGGAGGGAAAGAGGUCCAGGACUGAUAAGGGGUCUUUGUGUUCAGAACUGCUAAUCCUUAACUACCUGAGGUGUCAAGUAGGAUGCCAAUAGGCUUCCGGCAUCCACUGCCUGAAUAAACCCAAGGGAACUCAGUCUGAGCACAUCCUGGUUGGAGGAGGCAGCUUCAGCAGGACCAACCUCCAGUCACUUUCUCCAAGGCAAAAGCCAAGCUGGUCAAGUAUUGAGCUAUCACCACUGACUAAACAGGAUAAUGCUGAGCACAGAAGACAGAGAAGGCUUCGUGGUGAAGAUCCGGGGCUUGCCCUGGUCCUGUAGGGCCAAUGAAGUCCAGUGCUUCUUCUCGGAAUGCAAAAUUCAAAAUGGGGCAUCAGGUAUUCAUUUCAUCUAUAACCGAGAAGGCAGACCGAGUGGAGAAGCAUUUGUCGAACUUGAAUCAGAAGAUGAAGUCAAAUUGGCACUGAAAAAAGACCGAGAAACCAUGGGACACAGAUAUGUGGAAGUAUUCAAGUCAAACAUCGUUGAAAUGGACUGGGUGUUGAAGCAUACUGGCCCAAACAGCCCUGCCAUUGCCAAUGAUGGCUUUGUGCGUCUUAGAGGACUCCCCUUCCACUGUAGCAAGGAAGAAAUUGUUCAGUUUUUUUCAGGGUUGGAAAUCGUGCCAAAUGGGAUCACAUUGCAGGUGGACUUCCAGGGCAAGAGUUCGGGGGAGGCCUUUGUGCAGUUUGCUUCACAGGAAAUAGCUGAAAAGGCUCUACAGAAACACAAGGAAAGAAUAAGGUACAGGUACAUUGAAAUCUUCAGGAGCAGCCGGGCAGAAGUACAUACUCAUCAUGAUGCUUGUCGAAAGCAACGGCCAGGUCCUUAUGACAGGCCCGGGGCUGGCAGAGGCUAUAACGGCAUUGGUAGAGGAGCUGGGUUUGAAAGAAUGAGGCGAGGUGCCUAUGGUGGAAUGUAUGGAGACAGUGUAUAUAAUUAUGGAUAUAGCUUUGGGUUGGAUAGAUUUGGGAGAGACAUCAAUUACUGUUUUUUGGGAAUGUCUGAUCAUAGAUAUGGAGAUGGUGGGUCCACUUUCCAGAGUACCACAGGCCAUUCUGUGCACAUAAGAGGAUUACCCUACGGAGUUACUGAAAAUGAUAUUUACGAUUUUUUCUUACCACUCAAGCCUGUUCGAGUACACAUUGAAAUUGGGCCUGAUGGCAGAGUGACUGGAAAGGCGGAUGUUGAAUUUGCUACUCAUGAAGAUGCUGUGGCAGCUAUGUUAAAAGACAAAGAAAAUACACAGCACAGGUAUGGAGAACAAUUCUUGAAUUUGAUAGCAGGAGGAAGCGGUGGUGCUUAUUGUAGCCACAUGAUGGGAGGCAUGGGCUUGUCAAACUGGUCCAGUUACUGCAGUCCAUCUAGCCACCAGCUGCUGACUGGGGGUUAUGGUGGAUGCUAUGGUGGUCAAAGCAGCAUGAACCCACGUGACCAAGUUUUACAGGAAAACUCCAGUGAUUUUUCAAGUCAUCAUUGCAUAGGGAGCCAAGGAGCAAUGAACAGCACCUACUAUGGUAGAGGGAGUGGUGCAUAUAUGGGAGUGAAAGGAAUAAUGGGAGGGAUGUCUGGCAUGUCCAGUAUGAGUGGUGGAUGGGGAAUGUAAUCCUAAUCACUGAUUCUUGGUCAACUUUUUUUUUAAAAACAAACAAAAACAAAGGUUAACAGUUUUGCAGUAGAAGCCUGUGGUUUAUGCUGCAUGUCAGUGAAAUCAGGAUUGUUAUGAAAACUUCAGGUUUGGUAUUUUUGAACACAGAAAAACAUUCAUUUAGGAUGGAAUAAGCAACUUGAGUAAAGACUCUGUUAAACAAUUUCCACUUUUCUCAAGGUAGUUAUGUUGUAGGAGUGUACUUUAGCAGUAAGCUUAUUUAGGUUAAAGCAGUUGCAAUUAUAUUAAAUGUUGCUCUUGUACCACAUUACAUGAAAUGCUGUUUGAGACACAUGACUUUUUGUAAAAACAAAUAUAGGAGCUGUGUCUGCAAUUCAAAACUGAAACAUAUGGCAUGUUUGUUCUAGUUUAUUUCAUUUACUGUCCUGUAAGGCGCACAUACAUUUAAGGUUUUUUGGUGGUUGUAUUUUUUAAGUUUGGGGACAAUUUUGAGACACAAAACAUGCUUUAGGGUUUGGUCUUGGAGUUUGUAUUAAGUUCUGAAAUCUUGAUUUAAAUCUUUCAUUGUAUUGUGAUAUCCUUUUAGGUAUAUUGCUAAGUGAAACUUCUUGGUGAGGCAAUUGGGGUUAAAUGACUUGCCUAGGGUCACACAGCUAGUAAGUGUUAAGUGUCUGAAGCUAGAUUUGAACUCAGGUCCUCCUGACUCCAGGGUGGGUGCUUUAUCCACUGCCCCACCUAACUGCCCCAGCUAAGUGAAACUUCUUAAAUCUUCCUUUCAAAAAAGAACUGUGUUUGUGUUUGGGUAAUAGGUUUGGGUAAUAGGACCUACCAAUUUUCAAGCCUCUUUCUGUACCCAUCAUCAUAGAAAGGACUUCAAGUAUCAUCUGGGACUUCUUCAAUCCCAUGUGGUUAAAUGGGAGGUAUAGGUGUUGUGCUCUGGAUUGUGACUGCAGAGUCAACCUCAUUCUUUUUUAAAGAAGAAUUUUUAUAUCAAUAGUUGUUUCACAGUUAAAAAUAAACUUUUCACAUUCAUUAUUAAAAAUUUUGAGUUGCAAAUUAUGUUCCUUGCUCUCUACCCCAGUUCCUUGAAAAGGCAAGCAAUACAUCAGUUAUACAUGUCAAGUCAUAAAAACAGGUCUGCAUAUAAGCCAUGUUGCAAAGCCACACACACACACACACACACACACAAAUAAAAAUAAGGAAAGUGAAAAGUAAGCUUCAAUCUGUAUCAGAGUUCAUCAGUUCUCUCUCUGGGAGCAGGAGAGAAUGUUUCAUCCUGAGUGCUUUCAAAUGGCUUUGGAUCAUUGUCUUGAUCAGAGUAGCUACCUUUUUCAACAGUUGGUCAUCUUACGAUAUUGCUGUGGCUGUAGACCAUGUACUCCUGGAUCUGCCCACUUCACUUUGCAGCAGUUCCUUUCAAACUUCCCAGCUUUUUCUGAAACCAUCCUCUUCAUCAUUUCUAAUAGCAUACUGAACCAAAGUUGUUAUCUUUGAAUUCGUUGCUCUUUUUCUGAUCUGCUCACUUCCAUCCUUUCCUGGCUAGUAGGCAUUCACAUUAAAAAAAAUUCCAAGAGCUAAUUCUUCAAAGAUGUAGUAACUGACCUUAGUGGUUAUGAAUGAUCUGAGGAGGAAAGGGAAUUGUCAGCAGCUCUCAAACUAAACUGCUUAGGAGACCACCAUUUGCAGGAACCUGAAUGACCAGAGAGGAGCUAUAAGGAAUAAAUGCCCAGCUCUGAUAGUGCAAACAAGUCGUUAAGGGAAUCAAAGAAAACAGAUCUCUGCCAGUUAGAGUCAGAGGGAAGACCUGAGGGAACUGGUCCAAUCAGAUAAACUAACCUCUGUAAAAAGGUAUAAGCUGGGGGCG